GGGGCGGCUGCACGGCUGCGCCGUGGAUGGAGAGGACGCCGAAGCUGCCCGGUCGGGAGGCGGGGGGAACAUCCGCCGGAAAGAUGGAUUCUGCUCGGUGACGCUGGGGCUGAUACUUCGCUCUUAUUACUUUCGUUCUGAACAAGUUUUUAAAUGAAUAUUAUUACUAGAAUUUGAAACGAUCGGAACAAAAGCGGUCGCCUAGAUCCACUACGGGGCGCGUUCGCGUCUGCUUAUAGGGGGGAGCGAGUGCUCGUGCGCCGAAGUGUUUGAGUUUCUAGCUCGGUAACCUUCCAGUAACCACCGAUCAUAUAUAACAUUUGGAGGACACUGAGACACAAUGGCCACACCAGUCAACGCACAGAACCCCAGCAAAACAUGGGAACUCAGCUUAUACGAACUACACAGAACGCCACAGGAAGCGAUCAUGGACAGCACGGAGAUUGCGGUGUCCCCGCGGAGCCUCCACAGCGAGCUGAUGUGCCCCAUCUGCCUGGACAUGCUGAAGAACACCAUGACCACCAAGGAGUGUCUGCACCGAUUCUGCUCUGAAUGCAUCGUCACCGCCCUGCGAUCGGGCAACAAAGAAUGCCCCACCUGUCGCAAGAAGCUGGUUUCGAAGCGCUCGCUGCGGCCCGACCCGAAUUUCGACGCACUCAUUUCCAAGAUCUACCCUAGCCGGGACGAAUACGAGGCCCACCAGGACCGCGUGCUGGAACGCCUCAGCCGACUGCACAACAAGCAGGCCCUGAGCUCCAGCAUAGAGGAAGGCCUCAAGAUGCAGGCCCUCCACAGAGCGCAAAGGGUUCGAAAGCAGCAGCAGGAGAGCGACAACACCACGUUCAGCGGCGGCGAGGACAACUGUGAUGCUCGCUCCCAUGACUCUGUGCCAACGCACCCUGCCCUCCCGCCAACGGAGGCGGGGCCUAGCCACAACAAGCGCCCCCGCCUGUCCGACGAGUCCUGUCCUGAGAUGGACCGGGGCAGUCCUACACCACCGCCGUCACACCACCAUGAUGGACCGGCCUCUGAGAUCGAGCUGGUGUUUCGCCCGCACCCCCUACUGGUCAACACCCAGGAGUACAGCCAGACCAGAUAUGUGAAAACGACAGCUAAUGCUACGGUGGACCACCUUUCCAAAUACCUGGCCCUGCGCAUCGCCCUGGAGGAGCGGCAGGCCAAGCGACAGCCAGAGAGGCCAGCGGCCGGGGAGUCAGCGGCGGGAGAUGAAGGGGGCGGGGCAGGAGGAGGGGGAGGGGCCAGUCUACAGGAUGUCAGCGAGAAGCAGUACACCAUCUACAUCACCACGUCUGGCGGGCAGUUUUCAAUACUGAAUGGUUCCCUCACGCUGGAGCUGGUGAACGAGAAGUAUUGGAAAGUCAGCAAGCCGCUGGAACUGUACUAUGCCCCCACCAAGGACCACCAGCAACAUCAGCCGCAGUGAGGGGGGGGGGCACUCCCACCUCUCCUCCUGCCUGGACAGCGUGGACCCUCUCCUCUUCUUCCCUUGUCAGCCAUGCCAUGAAGAGUUUUGAUUUUCUUCUCUAAAUUUGAAACUGGGAGAAAACCUGCUGUCACUUUUUCUUCUGAAAUCUGAGCACAAUCAAACCUUUUUAUAUUUAUCUGAGUCAGAAGUUAGAGUUCACACUUGACUGAAAUGUUGGCUUGAUUUUACUUUUCAGAUCUAGGAUGUGGGGGUCUGUGUUUCUCACCACGAUGAAGCCAAGACCUCGUUCCACCCCCCUCAGUUCUCUUCGGACCUCAUGAAGAGAUGUGACUCUUUGUUGUCCAAAUACGCCAGUCGACACUGUGUGUGUAGCUCACUGCCCCCAGCCUUUCUACUCCUUUCUCCUGACCUCGAAAAAUACCUGUUUAACUGUCCACUAUUAUUUUGUAGUAAUUCUCCAAGUGGACUGGUGUAGGUGGCAAUGCCAUUCACAGGCACAUCUCAUCAACGAGAGGAGCAAAUUUUCUGAUGACUGAAUACAUUUCACAUGUGACUGAUGGAUGUGUGCUUUUUUUUGUACAUCUCAAUUGAUCAGGGGCUGUCUGGAAGUACCGCUCUCCAGUGGCAAAGAUGAGGUCUGGAAUAUUGAUCGAUCUAAGUGAAUUAGGCCAGUGUUUCUCAAACCAGUCCUCAGGGACCCCCAGAGAGACACAUUUUUUGCUCCCUCGCAGCUCCCAACACAUCUGAAUCAGGUAUUUAGUGUUCUUGCUUGGCCAAGAGCUGGGAGGAAACAAAAAAAUGUAGGUUGUCUGGGGGUCCCCAAGGAUUGGUUUGAGAAACACUUGCUUAAGCUACUCUGAACAAUCAGCUUCCUCUGACUUAAUCCUCUACCUUUCGCCCAGUGUUUACAAGGAUGGGCUCCAGGAUCAGCCCAUUCCUGUACCGGAUGAGCGUCAUGGAUGGAUUUUUUUCUACUACGUCCUAAGUACUACAUGAACUGAUACCGUCACCUUUGGUGUGCACAAGCUCUCUCCUACUGCAUCAACCGGUUCUACUCACUGUGAGGUUUCUGCUUUGCCCCCCCCCCCCCCCCCCGGUGUUCUGUACAAUGAUGGUUACCCACAGACAGCCUCAAGGUACCUCAGUACUUGGUCACCAUGGUCAAAAUGUUGCUUUGCCGUUGCAUUUUUCACCAGAGUCCCCUUUCAUCAGUCAGCCAAUGUAUUUACAAAAAGUCUGUAGAUUACGUGAGCAGCAAAUUUACGUUUAGACUGAAUUUUGAAAUCUGGGGAUUUCUUUACUCCUGGGCCAAAAAAUGUCUCUAGUUGUGGCUUCUCAUAAAUUUUGUAAGAUGCGAACUGCAUCUUUUUAACUGAAUCUCUGAUAUCAGAUUGAUCAUCGAGUCGUGUCUGACUUUUAUACAGGAGAUUAAGAGUUUUAUUUCGGUAAACUUCCUCUGGCGAUUUUGGCUGGGUACUCCAGUCUUGAUGCUGCCUGAGUACACUGUGAUGGAUUUGUGAUCUCAUCCUGCGUCUGGAAUUGACACUGACUUUGCAGUUAUGGUGCGUCAAAACUGUAUGUCUGCCUGAUCUCUCCAGGUUUGAGAUUUCCCCAAAAUGAGAUCUGAAAGUUUGUAAUGGCAUCUAAGUUUGACCAUUAAAUUUCUCCUGAUGCUUUUACACCAUG